AGUUUAUUUGAGGUAAGCUUACCCUUUUAUAAACUUUCUUGAGCAUUUGUGAAAGAAACAAAAAUUGACCUCCACCCCUCUAUUUUUAGGCAUUUUGGGAGAGUGGCACUGAGAUUAAUGACCAUAUACUUUAGUCUAAACUCAAAGACAAAAACAAAAACAAACACAGAAGCACCCAUUUCUUUCUUGUUAUAUUCAUGGAAAUUCUUUGCGUGUUGGAUCUUCCACUUUAGUUGCUCUUUCGUUCUCUUCUUUGGAGCUAAUUAAAGCUAACCAAAGCAAGAGAGAGAGAAGAAAGGAGCAAUGGAAAAGUUAAGCCAUCUCUUCUUGACAGUUUUUCUAUAUAACUUCUCGACGUUCAUGGUGGUUCCAGCCAUGACCGAUGUUACUAUGGCUGCAAUUUGUCCUGGACAAGUUGAGUGCUCUCUCGCCAUUUUUCUCAGCGGAUUUCAACAAGCGAUCAUAGGGCUGGGGACAUUGGUGAUGAUGCCUUUGGUAGGAAAUCUGUCGGACAAGUAUGGGAGGAAAGCUUUGCUUGCUUUGCCGAUGGGUCUUGCCAUUAUUCCCUUAGCCAUAUUGGCAUACAGCAGAACCAGGUACUUCUUCUAUGCAUAUUAUGUGCUUCGCACUCUCACUGCCAUGGUUUGCGAAGGAAGUCUCCAUUGCCUCGCUCUUGCUUAUGUGGCAGACGGUGUUCCUGAAGGGCGACGGGCAUCGGCGUUUGGAAUCCUUUCAGGAAUUGGAUCGUCGGCUUUCGUUUGUGGAACACUCUCUGCUCGUUUUCUCUCCACUGCAUCCACUUUCCGGGUUGCGGCGUCAAUGGCAAUUGUGGCCUUAGUGUACAUGAGGGUUUUCCUUCAGGAAUCAAUCGUUGAUGGAAGCCUUUCCACACCAAUACUAUCCCAUCGAGAGAGUAAAGUUGACGCGCUUGGAAAUUCAAGUAAGAACGUGCAGAUUUUUAAAACCAUGCCUUCCUUGGAGAAUAUGAUUUGCUUGCUCAAAAGUAGUGUUACGUUGUCACAAGCUGCUGUUGUUGCAUUUUUCAUCAAUCUUUCUGAAGUUGGCCUUCAUUCUUCCUUAAUGUACUACUUAAAGGCACAAUUUCACUUUAAUAAAAAUCAGUUUGCUGACUUGAUGGUAAUUUCUGGGAUUGCUGGGACAAUUUCACAGUUGGUUCUCAUGCCCAUACUGGCUCCUGCUUUAGGAGAGGGGAAACUGCUUUCAAUAGGGCUCUUUUUUACAUGUGCACAUAUAUUUCUUAAUGGCAUUGCGUGGUCCUUCUGGGUUCCUUAUGCUGCUGCUAUGCUCUCAAUUUUGUUUGUGUUUUCACAACCAUGUUUGCGAACAAUUGUGUCAAAGCAAGUUGGGACCUCUGAGCAGGGCAUGGCUCAAGGAUGUAUCUCAGGCAUUGGUUCCUUUGCCAAUGUUGUUUCUCCGCUAGUGUUCUCACCUUUAACAGCUUUAUUCCUAUCUGAAAGAGCACCAUUUCAUUUCCCUGGUUUCAGUAUCAUGUGCACUGGAUUUGCAUCGAUGAUAGCCUUGAUUCAGAGUACCAUGAUAAGGACGGCUCCUCCCAUUUCAAAUGAGAGUAGCAAUAAUAGCAACUAUGUGGAUGCCUAAUCAUGACAAGAGGACUACAAAAUGCAUCUGUUGCUUUCUGCUCUCGGCGUUAGCCUUAGUUUUAUAAAGAACUUCCCAUCUACAUUUUUGUAAUGGUGAAGCAGCAGAAUGGGCUAAAUCUGGAAAUGAAGUCGAAACCUAGCAUCAUUGGAUGUAGUAGCCGCCAUAAAAUUUAAAACUUUAAUGCUAUUGGUAGAGUUUAUCUAAUUGAAGUAGCAUUAAGCGGCGGGCGGGAUUUAAACUAACAUUCUGGGAUUUUGUUUUCCCACGAUAUGCAUGAGAAACCACAAUCUUCGCAAGUGUGAAUUGGUGCGUCUUCUGUAAAUAUGAUGAAGACAAAAAUAGGCUGGCCUUGUUGUGGUUAUCAGUUAUUGCUGGGCCAAAUCCGUAUGUUUUUUAAUUUAACUUUUACAUUUGGAUUGAAUUGAAAUCAAAAUUAGAAUGUCUAUAAUUAACUUUAAAAAACAAAAUUGUUGGAUC